AUUUCUUAAUUUUAUAUCAUUCUGAUUGUACGGACAUAUCUUUGUAAUUUCCUUAUUUGUUAAAAAAUAAAAAUUGUUGGAAAUAUUUUAUUGUAUUUGUGGGAGAGAAGUGUAUAAAUACAAGUUUUUAAUUUUUGGUCUCGAAAGUGUAUAAAUACGAGUUGGACAUGCGAUAUUCUAGUUUUUCAGCUGCCACUUGGUUUUCAAACUCAACAAACCCACCGCCACCUUCCCCAUCCAUUUUCUUCAACUUGAUAGCUAUUAACAUCAAUCAACUCAAAUCUUCUUCUUAUCCCUUCCCUAUUCGAACCCAAAAUUCCCAAAUUCCCAAAAUUUCCAACAAAUCCAGACGCACAACAAAUGGAAGUGAAGCUGCGAACGUCUCGCUCCUUGGUCUCCAAGCUCAGCUCAGUCUCGUCCCAAACCCGUGCCGACGCCUUGAAAGAGCUUCGGCUCAUCACCAAGCUCGACCCCGACAGCCGCCCCCUCGUAGCUGAAGCCGGAGCCAUCCCCUACCUCUCCGAAACCCUCUUCGACUCUUCCCCUUCCCUCCAAGACGACGCCGCUGCGACCCUCCUAAACCUCUCCAUCUCCUGCCGCCACGCUCUCAUCUCCACGCGCGGCCUCCUUGACGCGCUCUCCCACGUCCUCCGCCACCAUUCCUCCCCCUCCUCCUCCGCCUUCGCCGUCCAGUCCUCCGCCGCCACCCUCCACAGCCUCCUCGUCGUCGACGACUACCGCCCCAUCAUCGGCGCCAAGCGCGACAUCGCCUACUCUCUCAUCGACAUCGUCAAGAGCCUCAACUCGCCUCCGCGGUCGGUGAAGGACGCGCUGAAGGCGCUCUUCGGGAUCUCCCUCUACGCGCUCAACCGAGGCGCGUUGGUGGAGCUCGGGGCGGUUCCCGCGCUUUUCACGCUGGUGGUGAAGGACGGGCGCGUGGGGAUCGUGGAGGACUCGACGGCCGUGAUCGCGCAGGUGGCGGGAUGCGAGGAGAGCGAGGAGGAGUUCCGGAGGGUUUCCGGGGUUAGGGUCCUAGCGGACCUGCUGGAUCCGUCGACCGGGACGAGCCUGAGGAGCAGGGAGAACGCGGUGGCGGCGCUGCUGAAUCUGGCGAGGUGCUGCAGCGAGAGGGCGGUGGGGGAGGGGGGAGAGGAGGGGAUGGGGGGGGGCGAUGGGGAUGAAGAUUGGGCAGGUAGUGUAAUAGAUAGAAGAUCCAUAUUUGGUUACUUCACAUUCGUGAGAGGUAAUUUGGUGACAUGGAGGAGCAAGAAACAUAAGGUAGUAGUUUUAACUAGUGCAGAAGCCGAGUUCAGAGGUAUGACUAAAGGAGUUUGUGAGCUCAUUUGGUUAAGGAAGUUGCUUAUUGAACUUGGGUAUGAACCUACAUCCAUAAUAAACCUCUUUUGUGACAACAAAGCUACAAUAGUCAUUGCACAAAAUCCAGUUCAACAUGAUCGCAACAAACAUGUUAAGGUGGAUCAACACUUCAUCUUACAGAAGUUUGAGGCUAAAGUGAUUGAGCUCCCUUUCGUGGAGUUCGAGGAUCAAUUAGCAAAUAUUUUGACAAAGGCGGUUUCCAGUAAAGCAUUCUAUACAUCACUAGAUAAGUUGGGCAUUGUCGACAUCUAUGCACCAACUUGA